AUGAAGAACUUCGCGAACAUCGCCGCGUUCGCGGCCGGGGCUCACGCCCUGGUUGGCAGAGACAACACAUGCUGCUUCCAUAUGUCCGCCACGGGUGGUGCUUCGGGCUCCAUCGGCCAGCUCGAUGAUGGCCAGAACCGUAUCGGCGGUGGCCUGUCCGAGGCCCAAUUCUGCAUCGACGCCAACGGCGGUAUCGUCGACGCCAACGGACGCGGCUGUAUCGUCACCGGUGCCACGACCCAAUUCCAAUGCGACCUCAACAAGCCGCCCACGCCGGGCUUCUCGAUCAACUCCCAGGGUCAGCUCACCUACGAGAACAGCGAGGCGUUCGUUGCCUGCGAGACUGGCAUGAACGGUGGUCUGAACCUCUACACCACCGAGAGUGAAGAUGUGACCAUGUGCCAGGACAUCGUGUUGAUGGCCGACACUUGCUCUGGCACUGGUGCUGGCUUGGGUGUCGGUGCCGGCGGAGGCUCCAGCUCUGCCGGUCCUUCGGGCCCGGCCACUAGCUCCGUUUCUCUUGUGCCUGGCGGUGGUGCUGGCGGCGGUGCCGGCGCCGGUGCUACUUCGGCUCCCAACGUUCCCGGCGGCGGUGCUGGCGGUGGUGUUUCCACCCCUUCGGUUCCCGGCGGUGGUGCUACUUCGGCUCCCAACGUCCCCGGCGGUGGUGCUGGCGGCGGUGUUGGCGGCGGCGCCGGUGGUGGUGCUUCCACCCCCUCAGUUCCCCAAGUGCCCGGCGGCGGCGCUACUUCGGCCCCUCACGUUCCUGGCGGUGGUGCUGGCGGCGGUGUUGGCGGCGGCGGCGGCGGUGGUGCUUCCACCCCUUCGGUUCCUGGCGCUGGUGCUACUUCGGCUCCCAAUGUUCCCGGUGGUGGUGCUGGCGGCGGCGCCGGUGGUGGUGCUUCCACCCCCUCGGUUCCCCAAGUGCCCGGCGGCGGCGCCACUUCGGCUCCCCACGUUCCUGGCGGCGGUGCUGGCGGAGGUGCUUCCACCCCCUCGGUUCCUGGCGCCGGUGCUACUUCGGCUCCCAACGUUCCCGGCGGUGGUGCCGGCGGCAGUGCUGGCGGUGGUGCUGGAUCUUCGGUUACAGUUCAAACAACCUUGACCACGACCUUUUGCCCCGAGACUUCCACCGAAACUCCCGGCGUUCCCGGCGUUCCUGGUACUCCUGGUGUUCCCGGCACUCCUGGCCAGCCUGGCACCCCUAGCACUCCUGGCGUCCCCGGCGUUCCCGGUGUUCCUGGUACUCCUGGCCAGCCCGGCACCCCCAGCACUCCCGGUGUUCCCGGCGUUCCCGGCCAACCUGGUGUUACUGGUACUCCUGGCGUUCCCGGCACUCCCGGUGUUCCUGGUACUCCCGGUGUUCCUGGCACUCCUGGCCAGCCCGGCACCCCCAGCACUCCCGGCGUUCCCGGCGUUCCCGGCCAACCUGGUGUUACUGGUACUCCUGGCGUCCCCGGCACCCCGGGUACUCCUGGCCAACCUGGUACCCCUGGCACUCCUGGCGUUCCCGGUCAACCUGGUACCACUGGCACUCCUGGCACCCCCGGCACUCCUGGUCAGCCCGGCACCCCCGGUCAGCCUGGCACCCCUAGCCAGCCUGGCACUCCCGGUCAGCCUGGUACUUCCGGCACUCCCGGCACUCCCGGCCAGCCUGGUACUCCCGGUCAGCCUGGUACUCCUGGUCAACCCGGCACCCCUAGCCAGCCUGGCACUUCCGGCACUCCCGGACAGCCUGGCACCCCCGGUCAGCCUGGCACUUCUGGUACCCCCGGUCAGCCGUCCGGCGGUAACUGCCCGAUGGACGCGGACUUGCAUGGCGAGUAUGAGUACCCUCACCUGAUCAUCCCCGUGGACUCUUCGUCUCCCGACGAGGCAUUCGGCACCCAGUUCAACGGCACGGUGUCGUCGACCAUCUCGACCAUCUUCAACUUCGACGUGCCGCAGUCGGAUGCCGGCAAGACGUGCAACCUCGUUUUCCUGUUCCCCCACCUGGAGGAUCUCGAGACGUCCUCGUACAGCUUCAGCGGCGACGGCAAGGUCGACUUCGCGUCCCUGUCGUCGGCCGCGUCCGAGUCGGUGACUUACAGCGACAAGCCGUCGGUGAAGCAGGAGCUGGGCAGCAAGACGAUCGCGCCGGGCAACUCGUACAUGAUCUCGAGCUUCUCGUGCCCGGCGGGACAGGCGGUCAGCUACGAGAUGAAGAGUGGGGGCAGCACCGAUCUGGAGUUCUUCGAGGACUACAACCCUGCACCUCUCGGCCUGUACAUCACGGUCUGCUAA